UGACUUCUUCAUCUUCACGUCUUCACGUCUUGCGACGUCUGCUCCUGCUCUUUUCACGCUGUUGGGUGUUCGUUUGGGCUUGAAGGCUUUUUAAAUUGAUUUAAUAUCUCUUCAACGAAUGAAGAAUGGACGAAUACAAAACUUUCAAUGACCUGGGGCUUAGCCCUUGGCUUGUUCGACAGUGUGACCUUCUUGGUAUGAAAAGUCCCACAGAAAUUCAAAAGAAGUGUAUACCUCGUAUUUUGCAAGGUGAGGAUUGCAUAGGAUGUGCCAAAACGGGAAGUGGAAAGACCUUAGCUUUUGCCCUCCCUAUACUGAACAAACUGGGUGAAGAUCCAUAUGGAAUAUUUGCCCUUAUUUUAACUCCAACGAGAGAAUUAGCAUACCAGAUAGGAGACCAGUUUGCAGUUAUGGGCAAAACAUUAAAUCUGAGAAUGAGUGUUAUUGUUGGUGGAAUGGAUAUGAUGGUUCAGGGACAAGAACUCAGCCGAAAGCCUCACAUAGUUGUUGCAACACCUGGGAGACUUGCAGAUCAUUUAGAAAGUUGUGACACAUUCAGCCUGAAGAGAAUAAAAUAUCUUGUUUUAGAUGAAGCUGAUCGGUUAUUAGAGGGUCGAUUUGAUCACCAACUGAAGACCGUUUUUGAAUGUAUUCCAGAAAAAAGACAAACACUACUGUUUAGUGCCACAUUGUCAGAUUCUCUGGAUAAGGUUAAGUCUAUUGCAGAUGAAAAGGUCUUUGUAUGGUCAGAGCCAACAGAUGUGGCCACCGUUGACCAACUUGCUCAAUCUUAUGUUCUCUGUCCACCUAUGGUACGAGACGGAUAUUUAGUUGAAACGAUUAGAACAUACCGUUCACAAGAUGAGAAUGGGUCUAUAAUGAUAUUCACUGACACUUGCAAAAAUUGCCAGCUUCUCUCUAUGACUCUCAAUGAAGUUGGCUUUGAAAAUGUGGCCUUGCAUGCUAUGGAAAGACAGAGAGAAAGACUGGCUUCCUUGGCCAAAUUUAAAUCUAAUGUUGUCAAAAUAUUGAUUGCUACUGAUGUAGCCAGCAGAGGUUUAGAUAUUCCUGCUGUGCAACUCGUCCUUAAUCAUACCCUACCUAACUCUCCUAAAGAUUACAUUCAUAGAGUGGGUCGAACAGCUCGAGCAGGACGUGGGGGUCUUGCAGUUUCCCUUAUAACUCCACAUGACAUCAAGAUUUUGCAAGCUAUUGAAGAAGCUAUCAAUUUUAAACUAUCAGAAUAUAAAAUUGAUGAUAAGGAAGUGGCUAAAAUUGUGACUCAAGUAUCAGUCACAAAGAGAGAAGCAGGAAUAAAACUGGAUGAAACAGACUUCUAUGAGAAAAAGGCUAUCAACAAACGUAAGAAAUUGAUACUUGAAGGUAAAGAUCCUGACGAAGAAGAAGCUCGCUUGGAGGCGAGGAAGAAGUUGAAGCGGAAAUUAGCAAAGAAGAAAGCCAAGGAAUAUGCCAAAAAAAAGAAAGUUUCAAGUACCUUAGUACAAGAUGAUGAUUCAGAUUAAUCCCAGAUUUAUUUUGGUGCAAAACUGAAUUAUACCUUAACAAAUUUAA